GUACACAACCAGACGCGAAGGGUGAGGUAUAUCUGUGUCUGUAUGACGAUCACAACAACACUGGAACGUGGAUUUACUUAUAGGGAUAACUUCGGACACAAGGUGCCGUGCCGAUUGCCAGUAGGACGUGCACAGCCACCUCGGACAGUGUGUCAGGUGUUUAUUGUGGACGAUGUUCAACAGGGCCUCACCCAUGACUGAAAGUGUGUUUAAAAUACAAGUACUGUGUGUAUGUAUACCAUUCUAAUCCGUUCUUCUUUUGUUAUGUCGCCGAAAGUGUUACCUUGAUCCAGUUUUGGUGAUGGUGUGUACAUUCGAGUAGUUUUGAUGGCGUUGAAAAGCGUGCAGAUAUCAACAUGUAUUGGACAUUGUAUGAGGUUAGGAAGAUAGGUAAAUAUCAUAACAUCGCACACUUGUGGUGUCUACGGUUAAACCCCGCUACUGUGUAUAACGAUUCUGUCAAGUGUUGUGUAUUAAAACAUGGGUAAUACAGAAUGUAGGACAGACUAUGACAUCGCUAUAAAACCGUUCUCCAUAUACAGACCUUUCCAAAAUGGCGUUACAGGAGAUAUUCCCUGACCCAGUGACAGUGUUUAGUGCACGACUUCCAGACGAACCACCGUGUCUACUCACAGACAUCGCUGUGAUUCCUGGGGCAUUCGUUGUCAUUGAUAAUGAGAAUAAAAAUGCCAAAAGAUUCAACUUUCAAAUGACCUUGAUUGACCUUGUCAAACUAGAGGACCCCUGUGGAGUUACAAAGCUUUCUUUAUCCUCGCAUGUGGCAGUGACACAGCCUCAACAGCACGUGAUAACAUUCAUUUCCGUCGAAACUGGCGGGAAAAUGUCCAUUAGUUCCUCAAGACACACCAACCGGAAGUACCAAUCAAUAUCCUGUCUGGAUGAGAUGCGCCUCGUGGCGGGAUGCUGUGAGCUAGGUCAUGGAUCUGUAGAUAUUCUGACUUAUGAAGGAGACGUGUUGUGUUCUAUAGAAAGGAAUGAAAGCAAGUCGCGAAUUUUCCGGACCCCGGCAAGUUUGACGUGUUUUGCUGGUCGGUACGUGUUGGUGUCUGAUUCAGGUCGGAGGGAGCUUGUUUGUGUGACUACAAAAGGAGAACUUAAAUUUGUCCAUGACCCUCAUGGGACCCCAAGCGGGGUGGGCGUGACAAAUACCGGUGACGUAUACGUGUGCAUUUAUGAUAAGGGUGUGGUCCAAAAAAUUGACGUUAACAUGGGAACCACGUGUGACGACUGUCUACCGGAAGUUGAAACUAGGUUUCCCCUAGCAACAUGUUUGCCUAAAGACAGAGUGCUCGUCAUUACGGAGGAGAUGCCAAGUGACAGGGUGUUGGUGGUAAAUUUAGACGCUUAUGAGAAGACAUUCAAACACGGCCCUACUCUAAAACUGUCAAACAUUCAUUUGACUAUAGACAGUAGUUACACAGAGGAACGAAACACUGUCAAUCAAGUCAACAGUACGUCAGGGUGUGUGAACACUGAUGAGGAUUGCACAGGAAAGUGAAUCUUCUCUCCCAGCCUCCCAAAAUUUCGCUGAUUAAUUUUGUCGUCGAUAUAUCCACAGUAGCAUGGCCAACACGUACAACAUAACCAGAACCGCAACACGUACAACAUUACCAGAACUGCAGCACGUACAACAUUACCAGAACCGCAACACGUACAACAUUACCAGAACCGCAAGACGUACAACAUUACCAGAACCGCAACUCUGUACUUCUGUAGUUGUCUACUCAUCUCCCUGCCUUGAGGAGUAUCAUCAAAAUAAGUAUAGGACUCCAGCCUAGGACUAAAGACUC